CUGAGUAAGCACCAGGUGCAAAUUAUAAGGCUAAUCUUUUAAAAUCUGUUGAACUCCGCCGAUUACUUAACUUGCUCGAUUAGUUUUUGUUUUGGAUAUUGGAAAUUAUUUGCUUUAUUAAACAGCGCGCUACAAUUUCAUAAAAUUACUAAUACAGAACCGACAGUGGGUGAUCCAUAAAAUAAUUAGUACGCAUGAUGGCAAAGACUUAUUCUCUAAGGGCUAAGCUUCAUGCAUAUAGCGAAAUGUACAGUUAUGAGAAGCGGCUGCAAACGUUUGCAGACUGGCCAUUCCGGGAGGACUGCCUGUGUACGCCGGAACAGAUGGCCAAAGCAGGUUUUGUUCAUUGUCCCAGUGAGAAUGAACCCGACGUGGUAUCUUGCUUCUUCUGCCUGAAGGAGCUGGAAGGCUGGGAGCCGCAAGAUGAUCCCUGGUCUGAACACGUUAGACGCGCUCCUGACUGCGCCUUCCUGGGCCUGAAUAAAGAUUUCGGUGAUCUGACGGUGGCGGAGUUUUUCAAGCUGGAGCAGGAGAGGCUGUGCAUACUCAUCAGGAAGACUUUGCAGCAGAAGAUGGCGAGUUUUCGUGACGAGGUGGAUCUCGUUCGUAAAAACCUGGAGAUGUUAUUUGAUCUCAAAGACCAGAAACAGUAUCAAACCGGUAACGAGAGAUAGUGUUUAACAAGUCCUGAGAUAUAAACUGUUUUGACUUUAUCUAAAUGCUGGGUUAAGUAUACAGUCGCUUUGUUCCAAAUGUCAUUCGUUUUUAUUCCUGUACUUUUUUUUUCUUCUUUUUU